UCAGCCACACUCAACUUUGACUUCUUGGACUCCCUGUUCUCCAGUAAUGGAAGUCAGUACACCUCUAUGACCUCCCUCAACCAAUCCGUGUCUAAGUCGUCCAUGCAGAGCUAUGGCGGCCGUAACAGAAAGCAUGGAACCCUGCGGAAAAGGGGUUCUGUAACGGGAGUGACACCCAGAUAUAGAAGUCAUUCGCCGGGUUCUUCACAGGAUGGAGCCAUUAUUGAUACAGUGGCUGAACAUCAAGUUGUGGAUAACAAAAGGAUGGGUGGAAUGGGCAAGAAACAAUCAGAUCCUCGUAAGAUAAUGGAUGCGCUGACACCAAUAAGGGAGACAACUCUAGAAGAUGAACAUGUCAAAAUGAAGAUAAAAACCUCAAACGCCUCUGUAGUCAUGGCAAAGGCAGCUGCAAUGAAAUCGUCCAAUGACAAAUUCUACAAAGAGUCUCACCCUGCUUGCAGAGGACCUGACUUCCGGCGUUCUUUGUUCAACAUCCAUGGCCAGAGUCCCCUAUUGGCUCAUUUCCUGCGCAUGAGAAAUAUAUCACAGGAGGGGGGUAUGGUGGUACGCGUCCGUCGCACGGAGCUCGAGAAUCUACCAGCUCUUGAUGCACCAACAUAUAAAGAACUAAUUAAAGAUUCCUUUAAGAGGGUUAGAGAGAUUGAAAAAGAAUAUGACCGAUUCUAUGAUAAGAAUGUGCGGGAGAGCUUAGCCUCCACAAAGAAACACCGGGAGAUGAACCAGGAGUACCAGAAGCUACAGUGCUCUCUACUGGCCAGACCCAAGGAGGUCAAACGUCUGUGUGAACUCCUAAUCCUGGAACAGAAUAAAGACCAGGACUCUGUGUCAGCUGGUGCUGAUGCUGCUCUCGAGUCAGCGUUACUGGCUUGUCAGGAUUGAUGCGCUGAUGGAGACGAGCAGGGCUACUCGUAUCUGUGAAACUUACAUCGGUACUAUCACUGCAGUAAGGACUCUGCUGGUUGUAGACAUGCUUACAACACAAACCAGUACAUUUAUGGUGGAAGUGUGAUGAUUCCAUUGGAACAGAUCAAUCCGACAUUCUUUUGGCAGGUAUCCUGUGCCAAAGUGUUAUACAGACCCAACUUUUAUUUUGAAUACAAUGUAAAAUGUGAAUAUUGUAAUAUACACAGGUUUGUAUAGUUCACACAAUGUACAUCAAGACUGUUUAAUGAAAGUAUGUGCAAGUUGCAAAUGUGUGAUGACAUCUGUGCCAGUCAUUAAUAACCUACACCUGUACUAUACAGUGUUACCAUUACCUUUGACUAAUAUUCUGUAUAGCCAUGUUGAAAUCCAUUUUCCUUUUCAUGUACUACAGAACAUCCUUCAAACAAUUUUGUUGGUAAGAAUGAUCUGUUAUCAAAUGAUCUGUGAUAUAUUUAAUAAAUGUUGAUUAAAUCA